AUGGAGAAAAGUCGAGAACCGGAGCAAGCGGAUAUCGAGACGAGAGAAGAAGAGAAGCAACCUCGAUACGGGACGAAACGGGACGAGGUGGAAUCGGAUGUCGAACGGAAACGAGACAAGAAGCGAUCCGAAGCUGCGAAGAGAAAAGAGAAUAAACAGAAGAAGAGACAACUCGAAACCGAGAAGAAGAUAGAGAAAGAAGCGUCGGCGGAGCCGGCCGAGGUCGGGGACGAACGGGCGUCGAAUCGGCCCGAAACGGAGGGAAGGGAAGAAACGAUGCGAGAACGAAAGCCACUCGACGACGUCGCGAAGACGGAGAAGGGAGACGACCGAGACGAGAAGCGACCCGACGACGAACGGAGGCGCGAUCGAGAGCGGCCCGAAACCGAAAAGGGAUCGGAGAACGAGCAAUUCGACGCUGAAAAGAAACUCGAGUCGGAACGGCUCGAAAAUGCGAAGAGAAGGAAGGGGAAACGAUCCGAGACGCGGGUCGAACGAGAGAAGAAACGGCCGGUGGCUCGAGAAAAGGUGGUCGUCGAUGGCGAAAACGAGGAGGAACGGCCCGAGGGAGAGACGAGACCGGUCGAAAUCGCGGAAGAGGAGAAAAUCGAGGCGAAACCGGAAGCGAAAUUGGAAGUCGCGCAACGAUCUCCCGUAGUUUCGCGGAAAAGGGAGAGACCGAAGGGAAACGGAGAUAGGAAGAAGGCGGCUGCGAAAGAGAAGCCGGAGGAGAAAUCAGAGUCGAGGUUCGAGAAGGAGAAGCAGCUCGAAGCUUCGAAGGAGGACGAAACCGCGAUCGAAGCGGCGGGCGUCGAAGAGCGGGAAGUCGACCGUGCGUCGGAUGCGGAAAAAUCGAGAGCAGAGAGAUCGGAGGAACCCUCGUUGGAUAAUUCGGCUGGCAUCGACGAGACGGAAUCGUCCGAGAAACUGGAGAGCGGCGGAACGCUGGAACAAAAAUUGGCCAAAUCCGCGGAAGACGAGACCGUGACCGUGACCAACACGGAAGAAGCGAAAGCUGGGAAAUCCGGAGAACGAAAACAAACGGGGAAAGAGAAGCCCGAGACCGAAGCAAGAAGAUCCGUUGCGGCGGAAAAAGAGACGAAGAAGCCGAGAAACGAGAACAUCGAGGCCGACUCUUCGGAAACGAAGAAGGAACGCGACGGAAAAUCGACGAAAGAAAUUGUUCGAGCCGUUGAAGAUUCGAAACCGGAAACGAGCGAAGAAAAGCCGAUCGAGGCCUGCGCGGAAGAGGAAACGCCGGCGGGAGACGUCGUUCGGCCGGUCUCUUCGAAAUCGUGGGCUUCCGUAGCGAGCGCGAAGGCAACGACGGAACCGACGGCGAUCCCCUCGGAAGACUCGCGAAACGAGACCGUCGCUGGAAACCGAGAAGAACCGUCGACCGAGGUAUCGAAGGUGGAAGAGCCGAUGGAACGAGCGGUGGACGCCGCGCCGGACGAGCGGCGGAAGAGGAAGCAGCCGCGGAAGAGCAAGGACUCGAGGCGAGAGAGGAGCGGAGAAACGAGAGCGCGCUCCCCGGUUGAGACGAACGAGGAAGAACGAGCGGUAUCCGAGGAAACGAAGUCGGAGGACGCGGCUACCGGAGAGGGAAAAAUAUCGUACGCUCGGGUCGCGGCUUCCGUUCGGGGAACUCCGCCUCGGGGCGCGCGGGAAGACGUCGCACCGGUGAAACCGAUUCCACCGAAAUCCGACCAACGCCCGGAAAAAUCGUUCGAGAUCGGAGCGGCGGAAUUCGAAGAGGUCGACCGAGAUAAUGUACGAGAAGCGAAAGAAGAGGAACCCGAUGCGAACGCGGAAAGGAGCGCGGAAGUUGCCACGGUGAAAGAAGCGGCGAUGGAAGAGACGUGGUCUUGGGUGGAGGAGAUAGAGAAGGAGGCCGAACGAGAGAUGGAGAGCUUGAAAGAGAGCGAAGCUGCGCGAGAGAUUCGCGGCUCGUGGGCCGCCAUAGUCGGCAAACGCGCCGAAUCGACCGCCGCGAGCGAGGGACGGUCUUCGGAACGAGCCGCCGCCGCCGCCGCCGCCGCUCCGGUUUCAGCUCCGAUUCCAGCUCCGAUUCCAGCUCCGAUUCCAGCUCCGGUUCCAGCUCCGGCUCCGGCGGUGCGGAUAGUCGUGGAGGAGGCUCCGGAGCCGGUUCCCAUCGAGGAAGUGGUUCGGAUCGACGAGCAAGGAUUCGUGGAGGUCGUGAACAGAAGGGAGCUGAGAUCCAGACGAUCCAGAUCGCGAUCCAGAAGCGCGAGAAGAGACGAGAAGCGGCCGAUCGAGAAACCCGUCGACAUCCUCGGUGGCGCGAGCGCGGAACGGAACGGAUCGGGAGACGACGGCUCUUCGUCGAAAGCGGGCGAGACGAUCGAGAAGGAGAAGCCGAAGAAAAGAGACGAGUGA